AUGGAUUGGGAUUCAGAAGACGAAGGCAACAAAGACCCAUUUUUUGGUUUACGUGUGCCUUUCUCUGGUCUUAAAGAGAUGGAUUUUGAGCUUCAUGGCAUCUACAUGGAUCAUGAACCAGAAGAAGAGUUCAUGACUCCAUUGGACAAGUUUUGGGAUGUAAGAGCACAAGUAUAUCAUGGUGAUGACUUGCAAAGUGAUGAAGAUGAAGAAGAGCAAGAGCAGGUGAAAAACAAGUAUGGAAUACAUGAUAUUUGA